UCUGGCGCUUCGGUUAAUCCUUCGUCAACCAACCCUCUUCCACCAGAACUCGACGUUGCAGUCUCCGCCCAAUUCGCGGUUAAAUCGAUUGUUUCUCCUGUUCAGAAAAUAAUCAUCAAACGUAUGUUCACCUUGCUUCUGAAUCUACCUGGCGAUAUCUACACUCCAUCAAACGUUCAUUUCAAAAUGAAGUACCUCGCUGCCUACCUCCUCCUCGCCCUUGCCGGCAACGAGGCCCCCUCCUCCGCCGACAUCAAGGCCGUUCUCUCCUCCGUCGGCAUCGACGCUGAGGGUGACCGUCUCGAGAAGGUCAUCUCUGAGCUCCAGGGCAAGGACCUCCAGGAGCUCAUUGCUGAGGGUUCCACCAAGCUCGCCUCCGUUCCCUCCGGUGGUGCUGGUGCUGCCCCCGCUGCCGCUGCCGCUUCCGGUGGUGCCGCUGCCGCUCCCGCUGAGGAGAAGGCUGAGGAGAAGGAGGAGGAGUCCGAUGAGGACAUGGGCUUCGGUCUCUUCGACUAA